UUUACUUACAGGAGAGUUAAGCUGCAGAUCUGCUAUAUACAACUCCAAAAUGAACAUAUUUGUUGUCGUCUGCUUCGUGCUUGGAUGUUCGUUAUCAACAUAUGCUACAUAUCAUACACGAACGUACGCUGGAAACCAACAAACAUGCUGCACUGAUUAUUUGGGACGUCGUAUUCGACCAGGUCAGAAUUAUUUUGAUGGUUGUAACACGUGUAUUUGUGGACAAGCUGGCGUGCCUUCCAUAUGUACAUUGAGAUACUGUGGACCGACUGAUGUAAAUACUGGGAGAACUUCUUACGGCGGUGCUCAAGUAUUACCAACUAUACCAGUCGAUCCUGUUCCUCCAGUUAGACCAAUUAAUCCAUCAUACAACGUUAAUCCGAUGGCACCCGUUAGACCAAUUAAUCCAUCAUACAACGUUAAUCCGAUGGCACCCGUUAGACCAAUUAAUCCAUCAUACAACGUUAAUCCGAUGGCACCCGUAUCUCCGACAUAUCCACCAUAUCAAACAAGGAGAUACUAACUCUCGGCCUGUGUUUGGAAGACGUUGUAUCAGUAGAUUGUAAAAUACAUGAUCCAAUGUUUUCGAGUAUUGGAUCAACGAUGAUCUCGACAAGAAUAUAAAAAAGAUAAUAAUUUCAAGGGAUUAUAUUAAGAACAUGUAUGUUUUAGUGAACAAUAUCUAUCAAAUUUCCGUUUUUGUUAUAAUUAUAUGGACAAUAAAUUUAAGUCAGCCAUUA